CACAACCCUUGGGCCUCUAAGAACUUACAGCACCCAAACUAUAUAGCUCUUAAGUACGCCGCAAGGAUGAAGAUAAGCCAGCUCUACGUCUAUCCCAUCAAGUCCCUCCGGCCAACUGCCCUCUCCGAAUCUGAACUGACAAGUCAUGGAUUUCCUCACGAUCGCCAUUUUAUGCUCCUUAAAGUGGAAGAGGACGGCCGCCUGGUCAACAUGCACGUCCCUAAUUUCCCCCGAAUGGCGCUGUUUUUAACGGACAUUGUCUUCCCCGACGAUGCCCAAGGCCAGGAUGGAAAGAUCAUCGUAACAUAUCGGCAACCCAUGAGUCACAAUGACAAGGAUUGCAUUAAGACGUUGGAUAUCCCCUUGAAGCCUCGUAUUGACAACCUGAAAACCUUCGAAGUUGUUAUGCACCAAAGUCCGACACAUGCCUAUGAUAUGGGAGAGCAAUAUAACUCUUGGUUCUCUGACUGCUUCGGCUUCGACGUUAUCCUUGCCUACAUCGGCGACAACAGGAGAACUGUUCUGGGGAAUAUGUCCCCAAAUGCGGAACAAGAGAAAACCCAGAGUGGCUGGUUAUCGCGUGUGGCCGAGAACGUCACUUCUCUUGGUGGUUGGGUCGGAAAAGAUACAAAUGAUCCAGAGAGUAUCACAUUUGCGGAUGUGGCACCAUAUCUCGUGGUCUCCGAGUCCUCUUUGGACAAUGUGUCGGCCAGACUGCCGGAAAAAAUGGACAUAACCAAAUUCCGGCCCAAUAUCGUUAUUUCAGGUGCGCCUAAGGAGUUUGAAGAAGAUUAUUGGCGCGAACUCAAGGUGAAAGAUGAUAUUACAUUGGUUUUGACGAAUAACUGUGCGAGAUGUAUUAGCAUCAACAUUGACUUUGACACUGGAGCCCCUGGGACUGGAGAGAUGGGUGCCGUCUUGAAGAAGCUCAUGAAGGAUAGGAGGAUCGAUCAGGGGACAAAAUACAGCCCUAUAUUUGGACGCUACGGAUUUCUAGGCAGAGGCUGCGAAGGUUCCCAUAUCAAAAUUGGUGAUGAAGUCGAAGUCUCAAAAACAAAUUCGGAGCACACGAAACUCGGUGAGUUGAUUAUAAAAGCUUCUCUUUUGCUACAGCCAGCUAAUAAAAGCGCCAGAGUGGCCUGGGUUGACAAACUAAUAAUAUCACUAUAAUUUAAUAAAUGAUGUUUGGAGAUACCUCA